AUGCAUGUCUUCGCCAUUACGAAUCACCUUGUGGAAGUCUGGUCGCAGGAGGUCCUCAAGCUGUUCAAGAACGACCUCGAUGAUGACGGAGCCGAAUUGUUGGCGCGAUUUCUGGAGCACUGCCCAAACCUGGAAGAGCUCCAUUUGUCUCACAACAGGAUCUCGAGCACCGGGGCGCUGAGCCUCAUCUCUGCCGGCAGUUCCUGCCGACGAGAGGGGGAUACCCCACUGUGGCUGCGUCUCGAGCACAAUUGCCUCGAAAGUGUGGAAGAGGCCGAGUCGUGGUUGUACCGACAGUACAGCGUUUGCUACAAGCAGAAUGCGGAGUGCACGGCGAGGCACUGCAAGUACCGUUGCAAGAUUCAUGCGCCCUACAUGGCGAAGCAGUCUCCUCGAGGACAUUCACACCAGUCACCCCGGCCGACAUCGGAACCAGGGCGCCAUCGCACCUGGUCCCAUGCAUACUUGCAGGACCGGGCAGCUGAGGAGGCGAGUUGCAAGCGCCAACGCUCCUGGCAAAGGCAUGAUGACGGUCGAGGCAGCGGUCACGAAGACCGAGAUCGCUGGGACCGAGGUGAACACCGGACUGAGGAGCUGGAUUUGAAGAAGGAGGGGCUUGCGGCGCAGUGCGCUGAUGGCAGCCGUUUGCAACACGGUCCCUCAUUUGGCGGCGAUUCUCGCAGACCGGAGGAAGCCGCAGCCGAACAGCCCGGUGGAUCUCGAGGAGAGGUCGUAAAGGGCGAGGUCAAGGAAGAGGAGUCGGAGGAUGAUGUAGAGAUUGUGGAGCCCGGCAAAGGCUCGGAUUCCCCGUCCGAGCUCCAAGGCUCGGAGCUCCAGGCAUGGGAAGCUGCCCUCCGACGAUGGGAGGCCCGUCUCGACACGCGGGAGAAGAAGAUCCGGGCCUUGCAGUCCUUACUACCUCGCGCGGCCCGCGAAAAGCUCGCACAGCUCGUACCGCCCCAGGCCCAAAGUCCGGAGUAG